AACAAAUGAUUCAAUCUUGACAAAGAAGCAUCUUGGAACAACACUCCUUUCUCUCUGUUCCGGCUCCCGUAUCUUAUAAAAAGACCUCAAGACAGAGACACCCACCCCAAAAUGUCCUAAACUCCUCCUUCCAUUUUUCCAUUUCCCAUUCCUUCAACCAAACACCCUCCAAUUCAAAUUCACACUUCGGACUGCCCUUAAACCCACCCUCGUCAGUCUUCGCCAUGAACCCUACAAAGUCCUUCAAGGGCUACGGCAAGGUCGACAACGUCGAAGACCAAGCCUUCCACCGCAAAACCCGCAAGCGUCUCAUCAUCGUUACCUUCUCCUCCCUCCUCCUCAUUGGCCUCGUCGUCGGCGCCGUCGCCGGCAUCCUCAUUCACAAGCGCAACUCCGAUGAUGGCAUACCUUCCAGCUCCGUCUCCCCCGCGCAGUCGAUUAAGGCGGUCUGCAAUGUGACGCCGUACCCCGACGCCUGCUUCUCCAGCAUCUCCGCCCUCCACCUCCCCAAUACCACCGACCCCGAAGAGAUCUUCAAGCUCUCCCUGCAAGUCGCCAUCGCCGAGCUCUCCAAGCUCCCCUCCCUCCCGGACCGCCUCGCCGCGAAGUCCACCGACCCCCGGAUCCGCGCUGCUCUCGCCGUCUGCCAGACCGUGCUGGAGGACGCCGUCGACUUCGUGAACGACUCGAUCUCGUCCAUGGCGGCGGGAAAGUCCGGCGAGAUCCUGUCGGCGGGUAAGAUCGAGGACGUCAGGACCUGGCUGAGCACCGCCGUCACGGAUCAGGAGACCUGCCUGGACGCCCUCCGGGAAAUGAACUCGUCGCUGGUGGAUAGCGUGGCGGCGGCGAUGCGGAACUCGUCUGAGUACACGAGCAACAGCUUGGCCAUUGUGGCGAAGAUUUUGGGGAUUUUGAAGGAUUUCGAUCUUCCGAUUCACCGGAGGAGGCGGCUGUUGGCGGAAUCGGGUUCGGACUCCGGUUACCCGGAGUGGGUGGGGGCGGGUGUGCGGCGGCUGCUGCAGGAAGAGAGGCUGACGCCGGAUGUGACGGUGGCGAAGGACGGCACCGGAGAUUACAAGACAAUAAAGGAGGCAGCGAAGGCGGUGCCGAAGAAGAGCGAGAAGAGGUUCGUGAUAUACGUGAAGGCAGGGAAGUACGUGGAGAACGUGGAUUUGGACAAGCACCGGUGGAACGUCAUGAUCUACGGCGACGGCAGCGACAAGACCAUCUUGUCCGGCAGCUUGAACUUCAUCGACGGCACUCCUACUUACGCCACUGCCACUUUCGCUGUAAUGGGAAAGGGCUUUAUCGCAAGGGACAUAAGGUUCGAGAACACGGCGGGGGCGGCGAAGCACCAGGCGGUGGCGCUCCGUUCCGGCUCCGACUGUUCCGUCUUCUACCGCUGCUCCUUUGACGGCUUCCAGGACACCCUUUACCCCCACUCCAACCGCCAGUUCUUCCGCGACUGCGACGUCACCGGCACCAUCGACUUCAUCUUCGGCGGCGCCGCUGCCGUCUUCCAGAACUGCAACAUCCGGCCCCGGAAGCCGCUGCCCAACCAGUUCAACACCAUCACCGCGCAGGGGAAGAAGGAGCCUGAGCAGAAGUCGGCCUUCUCCCUCCAACACUGCAACCUCACCCCUCUCGGCAACUUCACCGAGCCGACCUACCUCGGCCGCCCCUGGAAGAAUUUUUCCACCACGGUGAUUAUACAGUCCUUUAUCGGGCCGUUCUUGCAGCCGGUGGGCUGGAUCGAAUGGGUCAAGGGGGUCAACCCGCCCGACACCAUAUUCUACGGGGAGUACCAGAACACGGGCGCCGGGUCGGCAGUUGACAAGCGGGUCACGUGGGCCGGGUACUACCCGAGCAUCACGGCGGAGCAGGCUGGGAAGUUCUCGGUGGAAUAUUUACUCGAAGGCGGCGAAUGGUUGCCGGACGCCAAGGUGGCCUUUAAUGUGUCUAUAUGAUUUUAUCUGCAAAGACUCUCUUCCUCGUUAAAAACAUGAUCAUUAGAUUUUUUUUUUAGGAGAUGAAAUCCGUAACGGCAUAACUAUGUAUGUUGAUAGUAUGUUCCUCACUUUCUUUGUAGUAAUUUUGUAAUAUUCAAUUUUUUUUCCAUCAAAACAAACAAUAUUAUAAAGUUAAUCUUAUUAUCCUGUAAUGUUUGAUUAUCGGGAUCUUAGAAAUCACCGAUAAUAAAACAAGUUUUGAUUGAAA